GAGCGCAGCAGACACGCCGGCCACGGCCUGUCCCCGGAGCCAGGUCCCCCAGGUCCUCGGGGCGGACCGGCCUCCUGCGGGCUCUCCUCUGUCACGUGAGCCCGUCACAUGGCCAUGGGGCGUGCGGGGACUUGCCCCUGUUCUCCCGGCGGCCUUUCGUACCCAGUCCCUUCCCAGCCGCCGCAGGUGCCGAGCCGCGGCGUUGGCCUGCCCACCCCGGUGCUCCCCACACCCCAGACGCCCCAGUGGCAGGUUCCCCAGCAGGGGGCGGGAACGGCCCCCCGUCUUGGGCGGCCCUUCUGUUUGCCGGGCCGCUGUACCCGGAGGCGAUGGGGAGAUGCGGGAGCAGCCGGCGAGAUGAAAGGUGCCCUCACAGAGAUCAUCCAGCUCGCCACCCUGGACUCGGACCCCUGGGUUCUCAUGGUGGCCGACAUUCUGAAGUCCUUUCCUGACACCGGAUCUCUUAACCUUGACCUCGAAGAGCAGAAUCCCAACGUUCAAGAUAUUUUAGGAGAACUUAGAGAAAAGGUGAACGAGUGUGAGGCGUCGGCCAUGCUGCCGCUGGAGUGCCAGUACUUGAAUAAAAACGCCCUGACGACCCUCGCUGGGCCCCUCACUCCCCCAGUGAAACAUUUUCAGUUGAAAAGGAAGCCGAAGAGUGCCACGCUGAGGGCCGAGCUCCUGCAGAAAUCCACCGAGACCGCCCAGCAGCUGAAGAGGAGUGCGGGGGUGCCCUUCCAUGCCAAGGGCCGGGGGCUGCUGCGGAAGAUGGACACCACGACCCCGCUCAAAGGCAUCCCGAAGCAGGCGCCCUUCCGAAGCCCCACCGCCCCCAGCGUCUUCAGCCCCGCGGGGAACCGCACUGCCAUCCCGCCGUCGAGGACGCCCCUGCGGAAGGAGAGGGGCGUGAAGCUCCUCGACAUCUCCGAGCUGGAUAUGGUCGGGGCCGGCCGGGAGGCCAAGAGGAGGAGGAAGACCCUGGACGCGGAGGCGGUGGAGAAGCCAGCCAAGGAAGAGACGGUCGUGGAGAACGCCACCCCCGACUACGCGGCCGGCCUGGUGUCCACACAGAAACUCGGGUCUCUGAACAACGAGCCUGCGCUGCCAUCCACGAGCUACCUGCCGGCUACGCCCAGUGUGGUCCCUGCCUCAUCCUACAUCCCCAGCUCCGAGGCCCCGCCAGCCCCGCCUGCCCGGGAAGCCAGCCUGCAGGCCAGCCGGCCCCCCGAGGAGCCCAGCGCCCCCAGCCCCGCGCUGCCGGCACAGUUCAAGCAGAGGGCGCCCCUGUACAACAGCGGCCUCAGCCCUGCAGCGCCCACACCCGCGGCGCCCACCUCGCCCCUGACGCCCACCACGCCCCCAGCCGUCGCCCCCGCCACCCAGACGCCUCCGGUGGCCAUGGUGGCCCCCCAGGCCCAGGCCCAGCCCCCCGCCCAGCAGCAGCCCAAGAAGAACCUGUCGCUCACGAGAGAGCAGAUGUUUGCCGCGCAGGAGAUGUUCAAGACGGCCAACAAGGUCACACGGCCCGAGAAGGCCCUCAUCCUGGGCUUCAUGGCUGGCUCCCGAGAGAACCCGUGCCAGGAGCAGGGCGACGUGAUCCAGAUCAAGCUGAGCGAGCACACGGAGGACCUGCCCAAGUCGGACGGCCAGGGCAGCACCACCAUGCUGGUGGACACGGUCUUCGAGAUGAACUACGCCACGGGCCAGUGGACGCGCUUCAAGAAGUACAAGCCCAUGGCCAACGCGUCCUAGGGCCGCCGCCGUGCCACCGAGGCCCAGCCCGCUUGAGCUUUGGGUUCAGUUUCUCUGGGGUGUUUUGGACUUAUUUUCUAAAUUUUAAUAUGGGUCCCUUUUGUGUGAUUUAAGACACUUUUUUGCAUUCAGUGUUACAGUUCUGAAUGUUAAACUUAGCCCCGAAAGGUGUAACUUCCUAAUCUUGGCACCAGCUCUGCCUGUUAGACUUCCGUCUUUUCUCAUUUUUUCUUCAGUCCCACUGACUGCGAGAGAGGGCCUUUCUUGCUCGUGCAGCCCCUCUCCCCGCCCACGCGGCUGAGGGACCAAAGGUGGCGCCUGGUGUGUCUGAGAACAGGCCGGGGACGGCCGCCAGUGCCCAGGGAUGGGGAAUGCCAGGACACGCUCACCACCCACAGGUUUUGUAUUUGUCUUUUGUACCGUUGUGAGCAUUUAAGACCAGUCUUUGGGUACCUGUUUUCAUUGUAAAAACUACCUAAUUAAAGUUUAGCUUUUCUAAAGAAAAA